AUGUCGGUCGAAAGGGAGCCGAAAAUUGAAAGUGACAGCGAGGCGAAACACAGCGUCGACCCGCAGGUCACUCGCCCAGAGUCGGUCGAUGUCGCCGAAAAUAGAGAGUUGACAACGAAGCGCGGCCUAUCAUCACGACAUGCGCAAUUCAUCGCGCUCGGAGGGUCGAUUGGCACCGGCCUCUUCGUCAGCUCCGGCGGCACCUUGGCCCGAGGCGGGCCGGCAUUCCUGGUCGGAAGCUACGUCGUCAUGUCCGCCCUGAUCUACAUGGUUCUUACCGCCGUCGUCGAGAUCUCAACAUACCUGCCUCUCCCUGGCGGCACAAUGAAUUACUAUGGAAGUCGCUACGUCUCUCGAAGCUUGGGAUUCAUGAUGGGGUGGUUGUACUUCUACUCAUUCGCCAUCUUCGUUCCCUUCGAACUUACGGCGUCCGCACUCGUUAUCGAAUACUGGAACCCAAACGUGAACAAUACGGUCUGGAUCACUAUCAUGCUUCUGCUGGUGGUUGGUCUGAAUCUGCUACCGGUCAAGUUCUACGGCGAAACCGAGUUCUGGUUUGCCAGCUUGAAGGUCAUCACAAUCGUUGGACUCCUGAUCCUGUCAUUCAUCCUGUUCUGGGGCGGUGGGCCCAGCCAUGACCGACUGGGCUUCCGCUACUGGCAACACCCCGGCGCCACCAAGACUAUGAUUUUCGACGACGAUGCGGGCAGGUUUGUGGCUGCGUUGUCCACACUUCUUAGCAGUGUCCUGCCCUUCACCUUCUCUCCGGAGAUGAUCGUCGUUACGGCCGGAGAAGUCCAGUCACCCCGCCGUAACCUGCCUAAGAUCGCCCGCAACUUCUUUUGGCGUCUCGUUGUGUUUUAUAUCGGCGGUACGAUUGCCAUCUCGGUCAUCUGCCCAUCCGAUGCUUCAGCUCUUACGAACGGCGGUUCGGGUGCUGCAUCAUCCCCUUGGGUCGUCGGUAUCAAGAACGCCAGCAUCAAAGGCCUGGACAGUGUUAUCAACGCUGUUAUCGUAACCGCGGCCUGGUCCGCAGGAAACUCAUUCUUGUACCUGGCCAGCAGAUCCCUAUACUCGAUGGCCUGCGAAGGAAGCGCCCCGGCCAUCUUCAGACGGUGCACGAAGCAGGGAGUUCCGAUCUACGCUGUCAUUGCCAGCUCUUUGUUCUCGCUCUUGGCAUACAUGAACGUCAACUCGUCGGCGGCAGACGUGUUCAACUGGCUUCUGAAUCUUGUUAACACGGGUGGUAUCAUCUCUUGGGUGUGCUGCGGGAUCAUUUAUCUGCGAUUCCGGAAGGCCUGCGAAACCCAGCAAGUGCCAAAGGAAAUGCUCACCGCUCGCUCAUGGCUACAGCCGGUUGGUGCAUGGAUCUCAUUGGUCGUAUUCGCUAUUCUCUGCCUUCUGAACGGAUUCACGGUGUUCUUCCCGUCGAGAUGGUCGGUGGCAGACUUUCUUUCGGCGUACAUUGGCCUUCCACUUUUCGUGGUCAUCUACUUCGUGCACCGCUUUCUGUACCGCGGAGAUACUUGGGCCAUCAAGUCCGAAGACGUCGACCUGCAGAGUGGGUUGGCCGAGUUGGAGGCGGAGGAGGACCUCGAGGUGCCUAGCGACAUAAAUCAAUUUGCCAAUGUCUUCGUAUUUGUUAUGGAGCAAGCAAAGAUACUGGUUGUGGGCUGCGGUCCGGUCGGCACCAUGUGCGCUUUUGCGCUGCAGAAGUCGGGGCAGGCAACGGUCACGGCCAUCCUGCGGUCGAACUUUGACUUGGUGAAAAGCCAAGGGUUCCGAAUCCAAAGCGUCGACCAUGGGGAGAUCGACUCUUGGAGACCUCACAAUAUUGAGCGUACUGUCCACGAUUCUCUCCAACACGGCCCCUUUGACUAUGUUGUCGUCGCCCUCAAGAACCUUCCUGACGUCUACUCGAUCCCGAAUAUCAUCGCUCCCGCAGUAACUCUGGAUUGCACCUCAAUUGUCUUGGUCCAGAACGGCAUCGACAUCGAACAACCUUUCGUUGACGCCUUUCCAAAAACCAUACUGCUGUCAGGCGUCCCCAUGAUCGGAUUCUGUGCCUUGACAAACAUGGACUCGGGGACCGUACAGGAUGCCGGAGGCAUUGAGACACUCAUUCGCCCCGCCAUGGAUGAAGUUGUGAAAAUCGCAAGAGCAGCCGGUCGUGUGCUUCCAUCGGGGAUCAAAGAAGAAAUGGUCGCUUUUAAGCCCAAGGAAGCACACUUGAAGCCCAGCAUGCAGGUGGAUGCCAUUAGAGGACGGCCAAUGGAGAUUGAGGUCAUUCUUGGCAACCCCAUUCGUACCGCGCGCAGAUUCGAAGUCGCGACCCCAACGCUGGUGGUCCUGUACAACCUGUUGAAGGCCAAGCAGUGGCAGUUUACAGCCGGAAGAUGA